AUGGUAAUAUUUGAUUUUAACGUGUCGAGGCUUCUUUUUUCACUUGUUGAUCCACUCCUUUUUUCAGAAAAUGCUUCCGGCAUGAAUAUUCCUUUCAGUGACAGAGCAAUCCCUCCAUCUUCAUCAGCACCUGAAGCAACAGUAGAACGGCAGAAUUUGUUUCUUCAUCCAAAACAGUUAAAUAAUGGACACCAAAUAACUAGGGUUCCAUGUCAUCAGCAACAUUAUAGAAGCAUAAGUGAUUCACCAAAAUAUGUAAAUACUGCAGGAAAAGCUUCUCUUUUGGCAACAAAUUCACCAGUUCCGCUUCUGAUCCCAUUGGGAAAUAAAAUGGAACGAACUGCGGGAGCGCCACUCAGUGCACGCCCAACUCUCCAACACAGAUCCAGUCUCAAUAAUUCGUUUUAUUCAAUGCGACCUAAAUCAGCAACGGGUCCCAACAUUUUUCUGGCCACACGCCUUGAUCAUCCAACAGUUUUCGAUUUUGAGGACUGGCACACUUCGCUUGAUAAACAAAGUCAGGAGGCAGUUUAUUCACUCUUUAUGAAAGCCCAUAAAUGCUAUGACAUUGUGCCUACAAGUUCAAAACUGGUUGUUUUUGACACACAAUUGCCAGUCAGCAAGGCUUUUUUUGCACUUGUUUACAAUGGGGUCCGCGCAGCUCCUCUUUGGGACAGCAGUACUCAGGAAUUUGUUGGCAUGCUUACUAUUACUGACUUUAUUCAAAUUUUGCAUAGAUAUUAUAAAAACGAUCAAAUGGAAGACGGGGUAAAGCUGGAGGAGCACAAAAUUUCAACUUGGCGGGAUAUCUUCAAAUCUGACUGUAGUCUUAGGCCAUUUAUCACAGUUGAUCCUACUGAAAGGUUUUAUAAUUCCCUUUUUUCUAUUAUUCUCCAUUUUAGUCUUUAUCGAGCUGUUCAACUCCUUUGUGAACACAAAAUCCACCGGCUUCCCGUAAUGGAGCACUCAACAGGCAACAUUUUGUACAUUUUGACGCAUAAGCGACUUAUUAAAUUUCUUCAUUUAUAUAUAAGUGACUUGCCUAAGCCUGCCUUUAUGGAUAAAACACCUAAAGAACUUGGCAUUGGAUCGUGGGAAAAUAUUCUUACAAUAGACAAAUCUACUCCACUUAUAGAAGCAAUGAAGACUUUCCUUUCAAAGAGGGUUUCUGCUCUUCCUUUAAUCGAUUCGGAUGGAAAAGUUGUUGACAUUUACGCCAAGUUUGACGUCAUAAACCUAGCGGCCGACAAGACUUAUGACAAAUUAGACGUUACUGUUUAUGAGGCGCUUAAACAACGUUCUGAGUGGUUUGAGGGUGUUCGAAGGUGCUCUGAUAAAGAUUCAUUAAAUCGAGUGAUUGAUAUUCUGGUGAAAGCAGAAGUACAUCGAUUAGUGGCUGUUGACGAUGAAAACAGAGCUGUUGGCAUAAUCUCACUUUCGGAUGUUCUUCGGCAUUUGAUUCUCGAGUUACCAGGCAGUAAAGACAUUGAACGGCAGAUUGCAAAUGCAAUGGGUGCUCGAGAACCGUCAGACACUGGAAUUGUAGAUUUGGAGUCAAGCAUAGAAGACGUUCAUGUAGCGCAACGGGUUUAA